CGACAACGACAACCCAACCCAGCUCAGCCCAGCCCGCCCGCCAGACCCAAAAACCACCACCACCACUCCCACCACCACCACCUAUUCUGCGUACUACCACUCCACCCAACACCUAAAACUCACUACCACCCCCAAAUUUCAAGCUCAAGCCACUCCAGGUUGAGGACGGGAACACACCCCCAAGAAACUCUACCACCCUACAUACUCCUCCACACCCUCCCACCCACCCAACCCAAACUCAACCCCAACGGCAUCUGAUACUCACACUCGUCGCCUUAUCGCGCGGCGUCUAGAGUACAGCCGCGUUACUCCAGUCCAUCCGCUUCGACGAAGGCAUGCCGGGGAAGAUCCUUCUUCCUUCCGCCGACGACAACUCAAUACGCGAUAUGUCUUCCACAACCACGAGUACGGCGGCUAUGGCCCAGUCGAAUCCGCCCACAGAUCCGGCGCUGUUGGCGCCGCCGCCCCAGCAGCUCGCAACGUCGGUCGACGCGCAGGAUCACGAUCGGAAAGAUGUCGGCGCUGCCGAUUUGGCCGCUGCUGCAGCUUCGUCGGCCGAAUUGGUCAGCCGCACCGUCGCUGCUUCCGCCAACGACGAGUUCCUGCAACAGCUUCAGCAACAGCAGCAACAGCAGCAACAGCAGCAACAGCAGCAACAGCAGCAACAACAACUGCAACUGCAACAGUCAGAACCCACCCAGCAGACAGCGCAAUCCCAUCAGGUCGUGUACAUGAUGCCACAAGUCCAGAGUCCACAACUCCAACCGUCGUCGCAACCCAUAACCCCUUCCGGCGGCGGCCAGGUAUGCAGUAACUGCGGAACUACUCGUACUCCACUGUGGCGUCGCGCCCCCGACGGAAAGACCAUCUGCAACGCCUGCGGCCUCUACCAGAAGGCUCGAAAUCAAUCGCGACCGACGAACCUGAAGCGACCGCCGCAUACCUCCACCAUCGCUGCCAUCCAGGGCUCCAAUGGCGCCACGUAUGUUGCGGCUGAUCAGGUUUCCUCGGGAACGUGUCCGGGCGGGGGCAGCUGCAACGGGACUGGUGGUGCCGAGGGCUGCAACGGGUGCCCCGCUUACAAUAAUCGCGUGGCAAAAGCCGCGCAGCUUACGAUUCCGCACUCUGGUGGCUGCGGGGGCGGUGGUUCCGACGGAGGUGCUGCUGCUCAGGCAGACACUACGAUGCAAGGCACGACUCCAGCGACUGUUCCGUCCCCUUCGCCUCAGCCGCAACAGGUGCAGUCUCAGGUACAGACGCAGCAACAGCAGCAAUCUGGCGGAAGGGGCGGAUCGCCGACUACCACGGUCGUCGUGGCUUGUCAGAACUGCGGUACCACCAUCACCCCGCUUUGGCGUAGGGAUGAGAGCGGUCACACGAUUUGCAAUGCUUGCGGCCUGUACCACAAGCUCCAUGGAGUGCAUCGUCCCGAGGCUAUGAAGAAGACCAUCAUCAAGCGCCGAAAACGGGUUGUUGCUCCCGCCAAUGGAAACUUUCCGUCCAGACCGGCCACUGCUGUCGUUACCAUUUCACAGCAGGCCCAUCAACAUGGUCCUUCCGCCGACGGAUCCCAGAUUGACACCGAGAUGGGUGGGAUGUCCAUUGCUUCGCCCACUCCAGCGCACCGUAGUCAAAUCGCUGUGGAUUUUACGACCCCACGUCCUUCGGCGUCGACAUCGGCGGCUCCUGUGGCUCCUAUGCAGCAAAACAAGGAGCCAAACGCGGCUGGAACAUACGAAAAUCCCCAAUCCAGGCAGCGCAAACGCUCCCUGUCGCAAGCUAUGGACGCUGAUUCCCCAGAUGGAAGAGGCCACCAGUCCAUCAGCUCGAUCCUGAACAACACCCAUGCCGGCACUGGUGGGGAUGUUCCCAUCGAGCCGAGUCUACUUGCUCUCGGGAUUGUUAACAGUGCCGAAUUGAGCCCGGACCAGAGGCGUCAGCAGCUGUUGGAACGCAAGGCUGCGAUCGAAAACGAGGCAAAUAAACUCCAGAAGGCGUUGGAAAUCUGCAACGCCGAAAUCCAGAAGAUUGAAGAGAGCAAAGACGCGAUCACGGCAACAAAUAAUGAGAUAGUGGCCAGAGCGGUCGCUGCAACUGCCGCUGUUGAGAAUUAGGGGUUCCUUGACCUCUGGUAUGAGCAUCUGCCUGAAAAUCUAGGCUACGGAGAUGACCAUUUCCACCGCCAUGCUUACUGAUCUCCCACUACCUCUUUUACAUUGCAUAUCUUACUUUUUCGCUCUUGCUCGAUCUUCUUCGUUACGUGUAAUGGAUUGGCGCAAUUGCAACCUGACACCACUCUGGAUUCUGUUUCUGUUUCUUUUAUUGCUUUUUCUUGGAUCAAUCAGAAAAGAAAUGCGGAUCGAUGGAGGAUGUGGUGAAGGCGGAGUUGGCUGUGUUUUUUGCUCUCUUUUCUGCUGGGUGUAAUGUUUGUUCUGCGUCCACGUUGCUCUUUUCCUUUGGCGUUUCGAAUGCACUUGAUAUGGGGAUCAAUCAUUUUUUUUGUUU